UUCAAUAUUAUUGCUCAAUUGAUACGAUCGCGAUUAUCCUAUAUCAUUUUGUAUAAUUAAUUCUCCGCUUCGCAGAAGGUCGCACGUGGUCUCUUCGUAGCGCCACGAUUCUCGUUACGCUCGUUAGUUGAAACUGAAUAUUAAUCAUCUCUCCGUGCGAGAAAAAUCCUCUGUUUCACACGCGAACUACAAGUUAAUUCAGGCUGAUUUUUUUUGCGGAAAUAAUAUUUUCGUCGUGUUUUUGGCCGAAUAAUAGCCGUGUAACUUUCACGUUGACUUUUAAAUUAGAGAAAAAGUUCCCCGAUAUCACUGUAACGACAGUAAACGUGUGAAUUUGAAAGCGUCGGUCCGGAGAUACAUGCGCGUCUCCUUCAGGGUCUCAUGAGACUGACGAGCAUGUCCUUCUCGAUGUUGUACGUCGGCUGGCUUAAUUAUCUCAUGAUCACCGUGUUACCCGUGACGAUCGUGUGCGUGAUCUUGCUGUCGCCGGUGUUCGCGGCCACAAACGUGCUGAUCAUCGCGAUCUUCGUCGCGAUGUACAACAUCCUCACAGCUCUCUUCAUGUUCACCAUCGGCACGUUCUUCAAUCGCUCUACAAAGGCAUUGCUCACGUCGAUCCUGUCCUGGAUUUUCCUGGCGCAUUUCACUCUCGUCCUCGAUCAGUAUCUCGCGAGGGCGUCUCUCAUGUGGAAGAUCGGAUCGUUGAUUUUGCCGCACAGCGGUUUGCUGUACGGACUGGUGGCCCUCACGACGCGCAUAGAUCCAGGCGAUUAUGGGCACGACGAGUUGAAUAGUAUCCUCGGGGGAAUGAGAUCGCGCGAUUCCGCCGGUCCCACCUCGCACUUGUGGCCACGAUGGCUCUCCGAACUGAUGAUGCUCCGUAACACCUACGAUAUCGUGCACGCGCGAGAAAAGAUCUCCAUCGGCGCGAUCCUGUUAGCGUGGGUGAUGCACAUCGUCUUCUGGUACCUGGCGGCGGUGUACUUGGACAACGUCAAUCCGGGAAAAUUUGGUAGCCCGAAGCCUUGGUAUUAUUUGUGCCAAAGAUCGGCUCGCGACGUUGACGAAUUGAGGUACCGGGGAUCGACUAAUUGGUCAGCGGUGGAGCACAUCCCGUCGUAUAUAACGCCGUCUAUUCGAGUGAGAUGCGUCAGCAGGCGAUUCGGCAAGUUCGGUAAUCGUAUUACCGCCGUGGACGACGUAACGAUCGACUUCUACCGUGAUGAGUUCAGCGUUAUUCUCGGUCAUAACGGCGCCGGCAAGAGUUGUUUGCUAAAGAUGAUCAUAGGAAUGUACAAGCCGACUCACGGCCGCGUCUACUUGGAGGGGAGGAACGGCAAUCAGAACGAAAACAAUACAGUUCCGAUCGGUUAUUGCCCGCAGGAGAACAUAUUGGUGAAUUAUAUGACGACGAUACAGCAUCUGUAUAUGUUCGGGAUGAUGAAAGGGAUGACUUACGAAGACGCUUAUAGAGAAUCGUUAAAACUAUUGAAGCAACUCAAUUUGGAAUCUGUUAAAAAUUCGAAAGUGAAAACUUGCUCCUUUGGUACGCAAAGGAGGAUCUGCUUGGCAAUGGCGCUUAUUGGCAACACUAAGAUACUGAUCCUCGAUGAACCGACGUACGGAAUCGAUCUCGAGCACAGAAGACAAACGUGGGAUUUACUUUCAGAUAUAAAACGAAACAAGACCAUAUUAAUGGCAACGAAUUCCAUGGAAGCCGCUGAUCUCCUCGCGGACAGGAUAGCGAUUCUCGUAAACGGAAGGAUCGAGUGUUACGGUUCGAAGAUGUAUUUAAAUCGUCGAUAUGGAAUUGGUUACGUUCUGAGCCUGCUGGUGCAAGAGGGUGCCGAUGUGGAGCGACUCCGCUCGGAAAUACAAAGUUUCUCGGCGGAUCCGAUCACUCUGCGAAAUGUAAUGGGUUUGUUGGUGAGAUUCGACGUGCCGCGGAGCAGUCGUUUCACCAAAUUGUUUCAAUAUCUGGAAUGUAAGAAGGAGGAACUGGGUAUCGUGUCGAUUACGUUGAGCGUCGCAAGCAUCGAGAGCCAGUUACUCAGGAUCGGUCUAUCGAGUCAAUUUAAAGAGCGCCUGCAACUGCCUGACGCCAAGUACGAGCUUAUCGUACAAAAGAGACGACGAGAUUUAAUACGAACACCUAGAUCAUGGGAGCGGCUGACCGGCAAGGUUUUACGACGGCAGCAAGUUCUCGCGAUGUUCUAUAAAAAGUUGUUACAUAUCGCCUCGUCCUGGAGGAUAUACGCAUAUUCGAUAAUAUUGGCGAUCGUUAUACUAAUCCUGACUACCAUGAGCGAGCUCAGCAGUUUCACGCUCUUCGAUAUGACCGAGAGAGUUAUGAAUCUGACGAAUUACGUGCACAUCAACGACUUCCACGUUCUUUAUUACGCGGCCGCCGACAAACUCGCGAAAGACUUCCUCGUCACGUUGUACACCACCGGUCAAUCGUACAGCGAUAGGCACAAUUAUCACAUCUCCAGGAAUAUCACCGCCACGGACCUUAUGAUUCAUCCCGACUUGCACUCAAUAGAGUUCAGGGAUCGUUACGUGAUGUCCAUCGACGUGUACUCAAGCGGACGCGUUCGACUCAUAUAUUCGCCCAUCGCGGUGCACAGCGGGCCGAUAGCGUUAAAUCUAUUACACAAUGCAUUGUUGCGUUAUCACACCGGGUCGGAGGACCAUGAGAUCAAAUUGACCAGUCGACCAUUGGUGAAUCCGGGACAGUGGCAACAUUUGCUGGUCGGUCCACGAAACGUAAGAAAUUGGGAAAACGCCGCAAUAGCAAUGACCCUCUUUCUUCUAUUGCCUUCCAUCGACAUGGGCGUACGAGAACUGAACACACUCUCGAAAAUAUUGCAAACCAACGCGGUCGGCAUGUCCACUCGGAUCUAUUGGAUCCCGACGUAUAUCGUCGAUUUCCUCCUGUACACGUUUUCCGUAAUACUACUCGGAAUCGCAACUAUAGUCGCUUACCAUCGCACGUUGCGCUUUACGGCUUUAGAAAUCGUCCAAGUGCUGACGAUAUUCCUGUGCUACGGAGGAUGUGCCAUUCCGUUGGGUUAUUGCGUACAGCUUUUUACACGUAAACCGGAAAACGUGUAUCUGACGGUGAUAAUCAUCAACGUCAUAGUUGUGUUAUUAGUGAACGGAUCCAUCGUGUUCCCGCUAGUGUUUCGCGUAUUCAGCAGUAGCGGAAGAUACAUGUUCGAAGCGCUCGUGCACAUGUUUCCGCCGUACGUGUUGGCCUGUGCCUUGAGCAAUUAUAUUAUGCUGAAUCUGUACAACAGGCAGUGCAGUUAUUUCAAUACUUGCGACACGGAAUUUAACAUCGAGGAUCCCUGCUGUCAGAACUGCAAAGACGAGCGUUGUUACAAGCAGCUGAACGUAAUGCUUAUCAAACAAUCCGGUGCGGAGUAUCAUCACUCGGUGGUGGACGAUAUAUUUUUGAUGAUAUCCCAAAUGCUGACUUUUCACUUAAUAUUGGAAAUAUUCGAACAAAAGAAUCGCAGAAAAUGGAGCAGUUACUCAGCGCCUCCUACGAAUGACGAUGACAUCGUAGAGCCGGACGUCGUGGAGGAAAAGAGACGCAUUGAGGAAUAUAUGCGACAUUUCGACGAAACAAAUUCACUCCCGCCGCGAGUCGCGCUCGUUGUCCAAAACUUAAGGAAAGACUACUCCGGAAAAGCGGUAAUUCGAGGAAUCAAUUUCAGUAUCCAUGAUCAAGAGUGUUUCGGCUUGUUGGGAUUUAACGGAGUCGGUAAGUCGACGGUAUACAGGAUACUGACGGAUCAGACAAAAAUGUCGGCCGGGAAGGUGGUGUUGUACGGUUACGAAUUGACGAGAAACCGCGAGAAGUUUAUAGGUAUGAUAGGCUAUUGUCCACAAACCGACGGGCUAAGUGACUUCAUGACGGGAAGGCAGUAUUUGCAACUUCACGCUGCACUGCGCGGUGUUCCAUACGAGCACAUCAACAACGAAGUGGACAAGUGGCUGGAUAUCUUAGAUAUGAUGAGCUUCGAGAAUUUAAUAAUCGCGAGCUGUCCAUGGGGAAUUCGAAGGAAAAUUUGUAUUUUGCAAAGUCUGGUUGGCGAAUUGCCAAUGAUAUUAAUGGACGAACCCUCCGCUGGAAUCGACAUAAUGACCAGACACGCCCUUUGCGAAAUCUUGCAACAAAUACGGGAGGAGGGGAGAACUGUACUGGUCACUACACACAGUAUGAGAGAAGCGGAAGCAAUGUGCCUACGCGUUGGGAUCUUGGCGAACGGCCAGUUUACCGCGAUUGGAACUUGCGAGAAUCUAAAGGCGAAACAUGGCCGUAAUUUUAUAAUGACUAUCAAAGUAGUGCCAGGCUUUCAGCUCGGGAACUUGGAGAAGAUGAAGAAAAUCAUCGACGAGACAUUUCCAGCAAUAAAGUUCAAGGACAGCUACUUGGGUGUUCUUAAAUAUGAACUCGAUAGUGACGUUUCGUACAGUCAUGUGUUCGACAAACUGGAGAAGUUGAGACAGCGAUACGUGUGGAUAACAGAUUUUUCGAUCAAUCAGCCAUCUAUGGAUGAGAUAUUAUUAAAUUUUAUGUCAAAACAAGAAGAACUCGAGAUGUUAACGUUUUACAAACGUCUACGUUUGUGGAUCGCGCGUAUUAUGCGGAAAACGUAAAUAAAAAUGUCUUAUGAUCUCUUUGCAAAUAAAUUAUUCCCUCGUUACAUAUUAACGCGUAUACAAAUCUUAUAUUUUAGGACACAUGUUCCCUUAAAAAAUUUCA